CGGGCCAGCGCCAUGGCCACCAAAUGGUUCAGCGGGGCGCCCUUCGGGUGCAGAGCAACAGGUUUGAUGUCUCUGCUGUUUGUCCCAAACAGAAGAAGCUGAGCACCUGCGCAGAUGUCCCAUACUCCAGGCUUUAUUCCAUAGACAUGUCCCACAUAGGACCUGGGACCUAUGACUACGCGGAGACCUGCUUCAGCAAGAAGAAGCUGAAGAAGGAGGUGGGCACAGGCUGGGCCAAGUCCCAGGAAGCCAGCCAGCUGACCCAGAGGCCCCACUUCCAGUACCAGGCCAUCAUGAGAGAGAAGCAGCUGCAAACGGAAAACCUGGGGCCUGGCUCCUACAACUUCAAAGACUUCUUAGAACUGCUGCAGCAGAAACCGUGCAGCACCCGGGGGCUGCUCAGCUCUGGGGAGGUUUGCUUCGGAGGACUCAUCGGGAACUACUAUCCAGGUCCUGGAAAUUAUGGGGAGAAGGGCAACCCAUACACGAAGCUGGAAGAGAACGCCUGGAACCGCUCCCAUUCCGAGGGCCUCAUGCACAGAAUGACCAACAAGCCACCUCCCUUGGCUCAUCAGGGGAGCGGCCUGGCACCAUGCGCCUACUCCUUGAAAAGUAGCAUAGAGGCAUGCCUGGAAAAAUCCAUGGGCACCCGCGGCUUCUAUGACACUUUCUCUGGUGACCGAAGCAAGCCCCAGUGCUAUGGACAUUACUCUGUGCAGAAAAAAAAGCCCAGGGAACUGAUGAAUUUUAGGAGCUUCGUGGAAGAACUUAACUCACGUCACAAUAAGAAGCGUGGGGUGUUUUCGACACUUCCCCGCAACCCGAAAACCCCUACAGAGAGGAUUUACUGGGCCACCCUCAGCCAGUAUCCCCGAGAACUGGCCACGUCUGGUCCCAGUAUGUGGCUUCCUUCAGAGAAGGAACGCAGACACACGAACCAGCCACCUUUCCUACUGUCCUCUAAGCGGGUAGACCUAAGGGCCUAUCAGAUGCUUCUGGGAAACUGGAACCCCGUGGGUGUGGGACGCUACCUCAACACCUGACUGAUGGAGACAAAGGACCGACGACAACGAUAUCGGUCUCUGUACAUGGAUGGAGCCAAGCGCUACCUGUCAGACCCGGCCCGGGACAAGCUCCUGCAGGAAAGGAUCACACCUGUUACUAAGGGGAAGUGCCCUCCAACCGUGGAUUACAAUUCAGAUCCUACUCCUUAAAGCUGCAUGUGAAGGACAGCUAUGGUGAC